AUGCAGCUCCGGCCGAUAGAUGAGGGUGAGGAGGGUGAGGAGCUCCAACCGAUAGAUGAGGGUGAGGAGGUACCAAAGGACGCAUUACACUGCCCAUUCUCACUCGUGUUGUUGCCCGGCAGAGGAAUCCAUGUACAGUGCGGCUGCUGGCGCAGCUGGGGCAAGUGGCGCUGCUGGGGAUACUGGCGCUGGUCCAUCGGCACCCAGGCCACUCCCUCAGUGGAUAGCCAGCGACGCAGCAAAGUUCAAGGUCAGUAUUUGCCCCCCUCCCCCCUCCCCCCCACCACAUACACAUACACACACACGUGUACGUGGCACGUCGCUCGGCGCCAUGUCGUCAGCCACACAUCGGGGCAGGGGGUAUGGUCGUUCGCGGGGCCAUUCGUCAAUCGCGCUGGGCGACGGAAGUGGGGGCGUGGGCGGGGGCAGGGGAACCAGCGGCCAGCCUCCGCGUCAGGGUAUUUCCCCUCACCCCGACAGGCUCUUCCCUGCAUCACCCGGCCCAUCGAUUAAAAACGACUCAAGGUAAGUCACCAUUGGUGCGCACGUGUGUAUAUGUGUGUGUGUGUGUGUGUGUGUGACAGCUACCUCCGAUUGAAGCUCCCGGAGGAUGUACGCAAGCUCACAGAGUUCGCAGAACAAGAAUGUGACAGGUGGGGCGAGCAAUUGGCUGCCACGAACGAAUGCAUGUGUCGCUUGGCUCUGUGUACGUGGCAGGUUGAGGUCGAAGACCCAGAGUGAGACAGGAAGAUGCAGAGAGAGAGGAAUGAGCACAUAUGGAUGCCUCAAAUGAUGGCUUUCUUGUCUUUGGUCUGACAGGAAGUUGCAGAAGAAGAUCGCCAGGUGAGACGGCAGAAGCCAACAGACACACUGUGACACUGCGACGCCGCGACGUGCAGGCUGGAGAACGAUGUCCUGUUCUCGACGACUACCGCCUUCAAUCUGCCCGACGCACCAGAAGAGGACAUCCAGGAGUACGUCCCGACACAGCACAUCCGUUUCGUGUGUGUCAUUGUGCAGGGAAGAAGCCAGGUUUAACAAGCACCUGCAGCGCAUGCAAAAGCCAUCGCCCCCAACCACCACGUAUGCCCCGCAGCCAAGGAGGCUAUCGUGUGCAGCCAUCCAUCAUAUGUGUGUGUCUGUGGGUGGGCAUUAACAGGGACCAAGACCAAGACGACGACCGGCGCCGCGCCUUUCAGGAGGCGCAGAGACGGCUGCGGUACCUGGGGUGAGGUCAUGUGUGUGUCUUGUGUGUGACAGAGUCCGACGAGCAGGGCGCCAAAGCAAAGGCCAUCUUCGCCAUCAAGAACUACUCACAAGUGUGUAGAAUGGUGAGUGAAUCACUCAACACACACACACACACACGCUCACACGCAAUGUGGGUGCUGAGUGUGUUGUGGGUGUGUUUGGGGGCGACCGAUCUGGAUGCACGGCUGCAGGAGAUCGAGAACAAGCGGCUGACGGCCAUGAAGCUGUCGAACCCCGUCGGCAGCCCCCUGUCGACUCCCGGCAGCCCGUUCACGGGCCUCGACCCCCUGCAACUCAAUGACGUCGUGAGCGCAUGCGCACGCACGCACAUAGGAAUGAUGGAUGGAUGGACGGCUGUUCGGUGCGAGUGGAUGUGUGUGGUGCAGGUUGUCAAGUUUGAGAAGAGCCACGCCCUCAUCUUGGAUGCAGUCGAGAAGGUGUCCGACUUGAUUGCUCGGGCCAAGAAAGCCAAAUCGAUCAUCGCUGCAGGUGCCUGAAGCCACAUAGCACCACACAAGACGGCCACACAUGCGAUGCGCCUGCCCUCUCUCUGUCUCUGAUGGUGGUCUGAUCUGGUUCUCUUUUCUGCUCAUGUGCAGCACAUCCCACCGCAUUCACGUUUGGAAUGAAUCUGCUCGACCUGCCAGCGUAUUGGAACGGUGGGGAGGACAUCAGUGCUUGGUUCGAGGGAAGAUCGGGUGGACGUGUUUGCUUGCGUCUUGCUUGUGGUUGCUGCGUGCUUGUUUGUCAGGACGGUCGGGACCUGUCAACGAGGGUGGGACAACGAGCUUGUCGCUCUGUGGUGGUCGACAUACAGGUAGGUACAGUAAGGAAGUAUCUGGGCAGAAAGGACAACACAAAGGAAGGACGUGCAUAGUGAUUGUGUGUUCCAAAUCGGUGGUAGCUGAGUCGCCUCAUGUGGCCGAGUUCACGACUCUGCACCGCUCUUCCCGGGCUUCCCUGCUGCAGAGACACCCACACCCACAGCCACAGCCACCACCACCACCACGACGCACGGCGCCUCCGCUCACCGAAGCCCCGCUGGACCACCGGUCACCCACGCAGCACUCCCCCCACCACAGCCACAAGCACCGGUAG